UGGCUACAGAGUGUUGUUUUUGGUAAAAGGGGGAUUUAAGAUCAGCUUGAGCCUCUCAACUCAAUCAAAGCUAAAUAAAUUCUUUUUCAAUAUUUUUUUUGGGGGGUUACACUGUUUAGCUUAUUAAAGUUUUAAGCUUUUUUUUUUUUUGUGAAUUAUCAAUAUUCCUAUCUACCCAAUAGGGAAAAGGAAGAAGGAAUUCUUCAAUAUUCAACAACAACUACUGCUGUGAAGCACUCUUUUGAUUAGCUUUUUAAGAAAAUGGUAUCAAGAUCAUACUCGAAUCUCUUGGAGCUAGCCUCCGGUGAGGCUCCAUCUUUAGGCCGAAUUAGCCGUAGGAUUCCCCGGAUUAUGACGGUCCCGGGGAUCAUUUCCGAUAUCGACGAUGAUCCAUCAGAGAGUGUAUGCUCUGAUCCAUCCUCCUCCUCCUCCCAGAAAGACCGAAUUAUCAUGGUAGCUAAUCAGCUGCCGAUAAGGGCACAUAGGAAAUCGGAUAAUAAUAAAAAUGGGAGUAGCAGCUGUAGCACCACCACCACCAGCAAUAAUUGGAUUUUCAGCUGGGAUGAUAAUUCACUUCUCCUUCAAAUGAGAGAUGGUUUAGGAGAUGAUGAUGUUGAGGUGAUUUAUAUUGGGUGUUUAAAGGAAGAAAUCCACCCAAAUGAACAAGAUGAGGUCUCCCAGAUUCUUUUAGAGACCUUCAAGUGUGUGCCCACUUUUUUGCCCCCUGAUCUUUUUAGCAGGUAUUAUCAUGGCUUUUGUAAGCAGCAAUUGUGGCCUUUGUUUCAUUAUAUGUUGCCUUUAUCUCCGGAUCUAGGAGGUAGGUUUAAUCGGUCUUUGUGGCAAGCCUAUGUAUCGGUCAAUAAGAUUUUCGCGGAUAGGAUCAUGGAGGUGAUUAACCCGGAGGAUGAUUUCGUUUGGGUACAUGACUAUCAUCUCAUGGUCUUACCAACUUUCUUGCGGAAGAGGUUCAAUAGGGUUAAAUUGGGGUUUUUUCUUCACAGUCCAUUUCCUUCGUCAGAGAUAUACAAGACAUUGCCUAUUAGGGAAGAGCUUUUACGUGCCUUUUUGAAUGCGGAUUUAAUCGGGUUUCAUACUUUCGAUUAUGCGAGGCAUUUUUUGUCGUGCUGUAGUCGAAUGCUUGGUCUUACUUAUGAAUCCAAGAGAGGGUAUAUAGGUGUUGAGUAUUAUGGAAGAACUGUUAGUAUCAAAAUUCUCCCUAUGGGGAUACACAUGGGUCAGCUGGAGUCGGUUUUGAGCCUUCCAGAGACUGAAGCCAAGGUUACAGAGCUUCUUAAGCAGUAUUGCGAUCAAGGGAAGACAAUGUUGCUUGGGGUUGAUGAUAUGGACAUAUUUAAGGGUAUUAGUUUGAAGCUGCUAGCAAUGGAACAACUACUUUUGCAGCAUCCCGAGUGCCAAGGGAAGGUAGUGCUGGUUCAGAUAGCACUUCCAGCUAGAGGCCGAGGAAAAGAUGUGAAAGAGGUGCAGGAAGAGACAUAUUCAACCGUGAAGCGGAUUAAUGAAACUUUCGGGAAGCCUGGGUAUGACCCCAUCGUAUUGAUUGAUGAACCGCUUAAGUUUUACGAGAGGAUUGCAUAUUAUGUUGUUGCAGAGUGUUGUUUAGUAACAGCUGUAAGGGAUGGAAUGAAUCUCAUACCCUAUGAGUAUAUCAUCAGUCGGCAGGGGAACGAGAUGUUGAAUAAGGUUUUGGGGUUGGAGCCAUCUACACCAAAGAAAAGCAUGCUAGUUGUUUCAGAAUUCAUUGGUUGCUCCCCAUCUCUGAGUGGAGCAAUUCGAGUAAAUCCGUGGAACAUUGAUGCUGUAGCAGAUGCAAUGGACUGUGCCCUCGCUAUGGCAGAAGCAGAAAAACAGCUCAGGCAUGAAAAGCAUUACAGAUAUGUGAGUACACAUCAUGUUGGUUACUGGGCUCAUAGUUUCCUUCAGGAUUUGGAGAGGACUUGUCGAGAACAUUCUAGACGGAGAUGCUGGGGUAUUGGUUUUGGGCUAAGUUUUCGAGUUGUGGCUCUUGAUCCGAACUUCAGAAAGCUCUCAAUGGAGCACAUUGUAUCAGCUUACAAGAGGACUACCACUAGGGCGAUUCUUCUAGACUAUGAUGGCACUUUAAUGCCACAGGCUUCGAUUGAUAAGAGCCCAUCAUCUAAAUCCCUUGACAUCCUAAAUAGCCUGUGCAGAGAUAGAAACAACAUGGUUUUCAUUGUUAGUGCUAAAAGCCGAAAGACACUCACUGAAUGGUUUUCUCCGUGUGAGAAACUAGGAAUUGCUGCUGAGCAUGGCUACUUCUUGAGGCUCAAGGGAGACGUGGAAUGGGAGACAUGUGUACCAGCCGUGGACUGUGCAUGGAAGCAGAUUGCAGAACCUGUGAUGAAGCAAUACAUGGAGACUACUGAUGGAUCCUACAUCGAAGAUAAGGAAACUGCCCUUGUCUGGUGUUAUGAGGAUGCAGAUCCGGAUUUUGGAUCAUGCCAAGCUAAAGAACUUCUUGAUCAUCUCGAAAGUGUGCUGGCCAAUGAACCUGUUACGGUAAAGAGUGGGCAGAAUUUUGUCGAGGUUAAGCCACAGGGUGUAAGCAAGGGUCUAGUUGCAAAGCGCCUACUCUCCACAAUGCAAGAGAGGGGUAUGUUGCCGGACUUUGUUCUCUGCAUAGGAGACGACAGAUCUGAUGAAGACAUGUUCGAGGUAAUCAUAAGUUCAGUAUUGGGGCCGUUGAUCGAUCCCAGAGCAGAAGUGUUUGCAUGUACUGUGGGUAAAAAACCAAGUAAGGCUAAGUACUACCUGGACGAUACGGUGGAAAUCUGUAGGUUGAUGCAGGGUCUGGCUUCUGUUUCAGAUCAAAUGCAUUCGGUGUUGGCUUAGCUAGCGAAGGGAAAAAACGAAAGGUGCACUGCUCUUCUUUGUGUUUGUAACUCUAAUAUUUGCUCACCUUGUUUUGCAAUGUACAUCAUCUUAGUGUUACUAAGAGAAACUGCUUGCAAGCGGAUACUUUUUCUCUGUGUUCUUUGUUUUUUCUUAAGCUGUAAAUAUGUGCUUGCGUGAUGAAAUCCGAGUUUCCCCAGUUUUUGCCCCUAA